GACAUGGAGGGACGUAACGUGCUCUACUUUUCACCUACAAAAGAUAAUAUGAGGGCCAUUAUUGGCAAAACAGUUAAUAAACUUAAUGAAUAGUUAAACCGAACCAUAAAAAUAUAUUAGCCACGUGCACACAGGGUUUCCAGUCUGUUCGAGAGGAAAAAAGUACCGUAGUUCGCUUUUGCGUCAGUCCAGACACUCCAGACUGUCCCAAUGCACUAGACUGUACGUGACGUAUCUAAAAACGGAUGAACAGGUGCAAACAGAAAGUCACGGCAUAUGCCAAGCUACAGUUUUGUCUUAUUUGCAGUCAUAUUGUCGAGGUGUUCCACCUAUCGAUCUCCGAAGGGAGGAAGGCGCAGGCUGGCACUGUAAGGGCCCCACUAACAAAGUAUGCUUGACAGCACUGGUUAUUAAACACUCCAGGUACGAAAUUAUACACCCAUACCCACACCGCAUUCGACCGAGGCGGGCAGCGUCGCGCCGUUGCUAGGAAGCGGUGUCGCAUGUCAAUGGUGGUUGUCAAGGUCUAAGAUGGCGGUCACACAACGUGUGAAAAGGACAGUACUUUUCGGCAACGCCUGGCUGCAAAAUGGAUUACGUAAUAUAUGCUAGAGGGUCAGGAUAGUUGUCUUUGAACGCAGAUCUCAUGGCGAAGGAAUGGAGCAAAAUUUGAUGUCUGUAAUGUAGACUAUCAGUCUUCCGCAACAAGAGGUGCACAGUGGACAAGAAAGCAAGGAGAUUCAUGCCACUACAAACAUGGCUGAAGAUCUCUUUUUCUUCCAGCAAAAACACAUGCGGGCAGUUCCUAAACGGUUUCGCAAAUUGCCAGAGGAUCUACCAGAGAGCCUAAAGUUUGCACACUUGAAUCCCAAAGCUGCUGCAUUUUUGGCCAGCAAAGAGAAGCAGAAACAGGAAGAGGAUUUGUUUGGGGAUGGGCUUGGUAAAAAGAGCCUAAUGCCUGAGAUAAGUCAGGCAUUUAUGUCAAUCAAGAAUCGCUUGGACAGCUCCUUGUCAAACGAUGAGGACUCUCAAAGAUACUUGUUUGAAGAAGCUCGUGUAAAUGCUGCUACAGUACUAACACAGCUGGCAAAGAUCAUUUAUAGCCAUGAAGACAUUGCCAGCCAUAUUCCCAAAAGUCUGGAGUAUAGUUUGAUGUGUGGGUCAAAGGAACUGACAGCUGAUGUUAUCAUAGUGCCAAGAGAAUGGCAGACACGUUUCAUGAAAGAGGCUCAUGCCAAGAGUACCGCUGCUGCUAUUCAGAAUGGUGAUGAAGGAGAUGGAGGUGUUGUAGGGAGUAGCAUAGAAGAUGGGCGAUCACGAGCUCCAUCUGUCAUCUCAGUGACUGGAGACAUUGCUCGUGGGAAAAAACGGAUACUGUCCAGAGGUGGUCCAGGUUUGCCAGAGAUAACUGAAGAUGGUGUGACCGGGGAGGUCAGUCUUCACUUCUUGCUGUGCCCCAUGGCAAUAAUGGAAGCCGUCUGUCCAUCAGUUCACAUACAGGUCUUCGACGUGAUAGGCGGUCCAUGCAAAGACAAAACUGCAGAUCUUUUGCCUGCAGUGGCUGGUGCCAGUUCUGUCAUAGGUCGUUCUCCCGCCACUCGACGGGGAAUGCAUGAGUAUGACCUCAUGUCAGCAUUUACAGAGACAGCAUCUGACAACAGAUCCACAUCAAUGACCAACCCCUCAUACUAUAUGUCUGUGAUACAGUUCCAGCUUUCCUCCAAGAUAUGUGAAGAGAAAGGCUGGAUAGUGCAGAAAGGUCGGGAGGAUGAGCUAGCAAAGGAAGCGGUGCUAGAGUGGUGUGUCCAAAUACUACAGCAAGCUCGCAAAAUCAUACUGGAGCAGAAGGCUCAAGAAAAAGAGAUGGGAUAUGAUAGCCCAGUUCAAGUUCGUUACUAUGGUGACACCCGAAAGGAAACUCUGCUGAAGUAUCGCAAAUCUCCAGUCAAGCCAGUUGUAAAUCCAGCCAGCAAGGGAGGCAAACCUCUGAUUCCCAUCAUGCAUGAUGACCAAAACGAAGGGAGACAGCUUGUGCUAACGGGUCAUCUAGAUGGAACAACAGUUGCAUAUUAUCCUUCAGGACGCCCUGCUGUAGUAUCAUCUGCUGCAGGAUUUGGACGUGUGGGCUUCUACACUGUUGCCUAUGAUGAUGACCCUGAUAGUAAGAUGCUGGCUUGUUUCACACCAUCAGGCUGUGGGGUCUGCUACCACAGCAGUGGCAAUGUGAGGUUCCUGGCACACAGAAAGGGAGGACGCUUAGCUGAAUCAAAUGGAAGGCUAGAGCGAAAAUGGAAGUGGCCACCAGGAGGUGUCAAAAUCACUGUACCUGUUGCCUUUCAGCUCAGCUCUUACAUCUCAUUCCGUUGUGUGUCAGAGUCACACAUGAUCCUGUUCUUCAACUGUCAAAAAGAAACUGCUCGCUUCCCUGUUCAUGCUGCUCCUGGAGUUAGUGCACCAUAUGGGUCAGAUGAAAAUGAUCAGCUGUUGACAAAUUUCACCUUCAUUUCAAGAGCAGCCCGUGACCUGCUGCGUCUCUUUGCUCCCAAGGUCAAAACAAACAAAUCAAAGCUAAAGAAAAAGGAUAAACUAGGUCGCCAGUUAGCUGAAUUAGUGAAGUCCGUGGACACUCAAGAAAAGUCACUGUAUGACAGUGAGGCAGAUAAGGAGUUAGCUCGUCUUCAGCGCAAGACCAGAAACCUGAUUGAUGAUUGGAUGGAACAUUAUCGACUUACGAUUGGUCUUCAUUCACCUCAUCUGUCAAUGAUGUCAGAUUCCCCUACACGUCUACGUCAAAGACGACAAACACAGUCAGCCAAACCAUUGGACGGUGAUAGAACUGAGCGAUGUGAAAUGCUGGGCAUGGAUAUCACGUACUCAUCAAGCAAAAUUUUGCGUGCUCCUUCUGCUCCAUCUGUACCACCUAAACAACGGGGAGGUAGUGCAGCAUCCAGGGUUCCAGUGGCUAUCCCACAAUCCAAAGUUCCAUCGCCAGUUCAGAGUGCUGUGAUACCAACAGUCAAGUUUGAAAGCAUUGUAGAAGGCCAGCCUACAAGCUGUCUACUUCGGUCGAAGUCGGCUAUGCAGUUGACCAGGUCUUUAGUGCGGCAAGAGACAGCAUCUUCAUUGCAAGACCAUGACCUGCUUCCGAACAUGACACUGUGCCCAAAUGCUGUUCACCAGCUCAUGCUUCAUCAGCCACGACCACAGUGCAGGUGCUCUCGGCAUGCCAUACCUGUCAUCCGUGAUGUUGAGUAUGAUAGGUACAUCAGCAAGGAAGCCCCACCUUCACAGCUUCAGAUUAUCAUGAUACACUCUUCUUUAUAUCCCAAUACAAAUCCUGCAGAGCCAAUGAUAAAUCGUAUAUAUGCUACACAAAACCGGAAUCGGACCAGACCAUGUCUUCAGAGCAGAACAGAUAUGUUCCGCAUUUUGAAGUAUGACAUAAACUCUGCUACAGAAGACUGUACCCACUCACAGCCCUUGCUACUGACACGGCACAACGUUGUACCUGGCAUGUUCUUGAUCUAUGCUGGUGGAAAGCUGUUAUUCUGUGAUCAUAUAUUGAAUGGCUAUGGCUACACCCAGAAAGACUUUAAAAAGCAAGUGAUGAAAAGUCGUUAUGACUUUCUGCAUGGGCAGUCACUUCCCAGUGAUUUCCGUUUCAGUCCUUCUAAAGGGUGUCAUGGGCCACGCUCAGCCUGGGGUGGUGAAAUUGGUGGAACUGGGGUGGACAGCUUUGGUAGCCCAGGUACAGCGUUGGUCAGAUCCCAGACACAAGUCCCAGCUUCAGGAAAUUCCAAAAACAGUUCCAAUCCUUGCACUGAACAGUUGAGUGAAUUGUCUGUAAGUCUGAGAAAGUUACUUGCGCUAAAGGCCCUGGACAGCUCCGAUGUUCCUUCUCUGCCUUCAAUAAUGCUACCUCCUUUCCAGAAACGAGUCCAUUGCAAGAGCUUUAGGAAUGAGUCUGUCCGGAUCGGGUUACCACCCAUGCACUCCUUUUCUGGUGCUGAAAUCAAUCCGAGAAGAACCAUUCAUGCCAACCCAGCUUCCAAUGCCAAAUUCUCAGACAAGGUAGCUGCACAAUAACUUGAUCACUGAGCACAGCUCAUCAUUUAAUGAUGACUCAAGUUGGCAGCUGACUUGAUUUAUGAUGGCUGAAAAAUAGCAGCCAGUAAUUGACAUUAAUAAGGAAAAGACCGGGUUACCUCACAGUAGCUACUAGUCAUGCACUGUACAUAUUAAAAAGAUAAAAUAUAUACUGUAAAAAUAUGUAUUAUAUAAACAUAACAAAAGCAAAAGACAGAUGUCACUGGAGUAUGUUCUUUGCUUGUUGACUAUUUAAGGUUUUUCUGGAGAUUAUGGCUCUUUCUUAAACAGAGUAAGGACAGGGAUCUUUGAGAAAAUCCCCCCAGCAUGUUAUAUGCAGCACAUAUGGGAGUUUUUGACAUAUGCUGCUAUCAGCAUGGUGAAAAUGUGGAUGUAAACACCUUUACAUUCACCUUGUUUUUGACAUGUACAUACAUAUCUGUGUACGCACAAUUUGUAGAACUUGAAACAUUUGCUUGAUAAAAGACAACAGAUUUUAAUAAAUAUGCAUUCUCUUUAGCUGCAGCAUUAUAUUUUAGGUAGAUCUUCAAGAUUUAAGUAAAUCUUCCAUUCUGCAGUCCAAAUCCAUUCAGCAUUACAAUUUUUUUUAAAUGACAUAACUUUAUGGUAACAAAUGCAAAACAUAUUAUAGGAAACUUCCUCUAUUAAUUCUUGAUAGCAACAAUUAAGUUAUCAUGAGGGUGCUGCUUGGUGAAAACUGCAGUUAAGCUCACUUGUAAAAGCCUGUGUAAUGUGCAGUCUUGAAGUAAUGUGAGAGUAACAAGUCAAAAUGCCUUCAGUCGCAACUGAUCUUAGUAAUAUCUACAAUGAAUCUAGGUCUUCCUCUUGCUUAUAAACAUCUUUCUGUGUGGUGAACCUCGGCAUUCAGUUUGUUUAAUAGUUCACUUUUCCAAAUCUGCAUCUUUGCUGUCAACUAAUUCAGCUAAGAAUGAAACCUCUUGUAUUCAUCAGUGGAUGCAACAGAAUAAAAAAUUUCUUCCAUUGAUAAAAGAUAAUUUAAAAAGCCUUCCAUUUUUAAAGAAAUUUUUUUUUUAACUUUAAAAGCAUUAUUCAGUCUGAAAAUGGUACAAAAUCCAUCCAACAAACCAAAAUGAAUGUAUAAUUAUUUUAAAUGGUUAGUAUGUUACACAUGUAAAAUGCAAAUAUUUUUGAUUGGAUAUGCACGUAACUGAUAUACUUCUUUUUGUUCAACAAACUACUGCUGAAAAUUAAGUGGUCUUUACAUUUUUUUGGGCUUUGAUGUUCUUAAAAGAAUGGAAAGAUGAUAUGGAGAAGGGAAAGAACGUAUACACAGCCAGACAGAUGAUGCAAGGGAUGGAGAGAAGAUCAUUGUUAAUGCAUUCCAGGCAAUUAGAAAUAUUUCAGCAUUAUGAAUUACAGCUAUUCAGGUAUUGCCGUCCUGUGUAUGUGAUACUGUUAUGCAUUUGUCUUUCAAAGCUGCUGAAAACUUAUUCUUGUUGGUUUACUUUUUUUGAGGUACGUAUGGCUGGAUUACUUUGUUGUAUAUUGCUAUGUAAUGCAUGCAAUAUUAUUGUAAAAAAGCAAGAGUCCACCAAACUACUGAAUUUCUUGCAUAAUCCCAUUUAAUAUUUGGAUUUCAAGUGAGAUGAUGUCAUGCAUUAUUCAGGUGUGAUGUUUGCUUACUGUGGUUAGUAGAAACCAAAUAUAAAACAUGAUUUUAAUAAACACACACACAAAUGAUAUAAGUUACAUGAAGAAUUAUUCAGUUUAUAUUUGGGUCAUGUUACCCAGAUGUUUCCCAAGUAUAAAUAUGUUAAAUCUGUAGCUGAUGUUAAGUUAAACUGUUUCUUGUCAAACUGCUUAUGUAUGCAUGCUUAUGUGUGAGAAUAUAUUUACACUCAAGUAUGAACUGGCCAUAUUUAUUAUUGUAAUAAAUGAACAGGUGCAAGUAUA